AUGAGUGUCGACUUCGGAAGAUCAAGUGUAGUGGCUCGCAGCCAUGCAGCGCUUGCACGAUCUCGCGCAACGGUAAGAAAUUCAAUCCAAGUGGCCUACACAGCUUCUCCCAUCCCGCCGGCUCUGAGAAACAGUGCGCUGACUCCCAAAGAAUGCUGCUACUCAUCUGGUCAAGGACGAGAUAAACCAACUCAGAGGAUUCGCAGUCUGGAAGUUAAAUUGAGGAACCUACGUGCCGCACUCGAAAGAUUGCAGAACAAUAAUGGAGGACUUGCGGACUCCGAUACCACUGGGCUGCUCCAGACACUUGAUCUUUCGAUUGUCGAAUCCGAAAAUUGCUGGUCCAGCUCUGAUGAGGACGCGAGGCAGCCCCAACUGACCAGUAUGCUGACUCCGUCUGGGAAUAUCAUCGUUACUAGGUCGCAGAAAUCUAACUUCUAUGGGCCCGGCUCCGGGGCUUCAUUCAUUCUGCGCACUCUCGAGCUCUUCCGGAAGCUGAUCGACGAUGAUUCAUUUGUCACUGAAGCUCAAGAAGUCGUUAACAAUCUUUUUGACAAGCCUGCCCCGUCACCAGGCGUGCUUCCCCUGCAACAUACUCACCCACCCAGCCAUCCCAAUCAAACUACCGCGCUCAGACUUCUUGAUGCGGUUUUCACAAAAUAUCAUGCCCUGAUCCAGUUUCUUCAUGAAUCAGACUUUAGAGAUAUGGUCCGUCGUCUCUACAGCGAGCCCCUGCUUUGGGCUAGCCCCUCCACUGGUCGGUUCAUGCCAUUGUUCCACUCAGUUUUAGCCUUGGGCUUCCACCUCGACAUCGAGUCUCGCAAUAGUCACGGGUGUCAGUUCACCGACACUGAAGCCUUGAAGAAUUUCCAGCUUGCCAGCAGAGAUGUCGAUCUCGGCCAGUGCAGUGACCUCAUAUCACUGCAGACAAUAUUGUGUCUGGUAGUUUUCCUACUUUCGACGUCGAGUUUGACAGCUGCUCACACUUACCUGGGCAUGGCAUGCUCCUUAGCCUGGAGGCUUGGUUUGCACAAGGAUGACCACAAGUUGUUAUAUACUCAGGCGCAGCGAAGCACGAGGAGUCGAGUUCUCCUCGGGGUGUUGCAACUCGACAUGCUUGUCAGUCUCGUCCUGGAUAUACCACCGACGAUGAACCAUGACUCUGUAGAUCCAGGAGCCAUGGAAAAGGUGCGGUGUCCAGUUUCCUUCACAACUCGGGAAUCAACGACAUCUACUCUGAGAGGUAUUGAUACUACCGUUGCUGCAUCCAGACACUUUCAGAUUCUGGCUCUUACUUCAUCCGCCCGUCGAAAUGUCUUUUCGGCCAAAAAGACCCGAAAGAAGAAGACCCAGUGGGGAGCCCACACAGAGUGUGUCAAUGUCAAAGCACUCGAUGACGUUGAACAGAAGUUCAAGAAAUGGGCAAAUGCUAUGUCUGGUUUAUCAACAAUCCCGCUGGAGCCAGACAUCUCAGUCAUUGUCAGAUACGAACUCGAAAUGGCGUUCUACUUUGGCCAGUUGACGCUAAAUAUACCGUUCUUGCAUUAUCUGAUACCGAUGGCCAACGGUUCACCAAUCACCAGAAUUCAAUCGCAGCAUGCACUUACAUGCCUCAAGAUUGCUGCCACGACGAUAAGCCGUACCGAUGCCAUGCAUCAACGAGGCCUGCUGAGUCCGGGGUCAUGGACCACGACUUAUACAUUGUUCUUAGCUGUGGUCUGCCUCAUGUUUCUGGUGGCGGCUCACAAUGGCACCUCCAGACCCAGCGAAGCCUGGAAAAAAGGCGAACUCGGAAUCAGACUUCUUGCCGGCUUGCGUUGCACCGACAACCCUGCGGCUCGGUCCUUGAGCAUCAUCAAGAUGGUCAUCCAGCAGCUCGAGCACACCGUCUCUUUUGACGUCGACCAGAUCCUGGCCUCGACACCCUGCCCGUGCAAAUGCAGCCUCAUGGGUUUGGAACGUGUAGCGACAAUCGAUCGACUUGUUUCUGGCGGCGGUCUCGGGCCCUCCACGGUCCCUGACGGAGGGGUUGUCGCGGCGUCGACAUCGGGGUCGCUACCUAUGUACCCCAGUCUGGCCCACCAGUGGACUGGACCUGCUUUAGAUGGGAACGGUCUACCUGCAUGGUACACGCAAGGGGGAGCGAAUGCACCAUUGCGUGAUAUUGAUUCCAUACUCGCCGAAGCGCAAGCUAUUCCAUUAACCAUACCAAUGAUUUGA